AAGAAAUAUUUUAAGGGAUAUUUUAAUAAAAAUGUUGUUAGAUGCUCCAGCAACAUCACAGUUGAGAAUGAACAUCACCGUUCCGUCGCGCUACGCCGUCGUUUUUAAGCUUCGGAGUUGCAGAAAACAUGGCUUCAGUAGUUCCUCCGAACCAGUUUGGACAGAUUAUCCCAUAGAGAACGCGUACGAGCUUCUAGAAGUAUGUGAAACAAGCUCAUUUGCUGAGAUCAAAGCAUCGUUUCGCAAAUUGGCUAAAGAAACUCACCCGGACCUCGCUGAGUCAAAGAACGAUUCCACUGCGUCGAGACGAUUUGUUCAAAUCCUCGCCGCAUAUGAGAUUCUUUCAGAUUCUAGGAAGAGAGCCCAUUAUGACAUGUACUUGUUAUCUCAGAAAAAGCUUAUGCAGAAGCAUUCUGUACAGGGUUCAAAAUUGCGCAUUUACCAAUCACAGGCCACGGCAUUCAAGGAGAUGGAAGUUGUUGAAUGGUUAAAGUGGUACAGAUUAGCUAUAAAUGAUAUUUUGUUGGAGAAGAAAGUGGUGGUUGGAACAGGAUAUUUUGAUGUACUCGAGAGGGAUUUUUAUUCUGCUAUUCAUGCAGCAUACUAUGGUCCCGAAAUUGAUUCUAUCCCCAUGGAGCUUCUUCCUGACUGUUUUGAGGCUGAGGAGAGGUCCUCUUGUGAAACUCCCGAGGUAUUGCACUUGGUUUCAGGCCGUGAUCUUUUUGGGAUGGUUUGCCUAGUCAACAUGAUUCCGGAGAUAUCAUCUACUGAAAAUGAAAAGUUAACUUCUUAUAGACCACUCCAUUCAGCCCUUUGUCAAUCUAUAACGGAUGUGAACACCCACAUGAAUGUGGAAAGGCUAGAUGAUUUUGCAACUGAUCAAGGUCACAGCUCUAAAAUUUCAAAUAAUGUAUCAGAUGCAUAUAGAGAUCUAGAAUUGCACGUCUCUGGAAAAUUAGUUGCUAUGGCAUCUAGGGUCCUACCUGGAUGUUGUUCUGGUGCGAUGCACAAGGAAGAUGCCGAUGAUCACAUCCACGUGUACCUUAAUUUGGAUGAAGAUCCCAGACAUAUCAGCAGUGGCUUUUCAAGAAAUUUAUUUGCAAAUAGCACAGUUGGAAGCAGAAUGCAUUUGGGAACCAUAUCUGGACUUGGCAGCAGUCCAGAUGAGGGAUGUUGUGAUGUCUACAACAGCAGCCGGGAAAAGACUCAUGUGAUUAUGAAACAUAGGACAUUGUUGGUGAAGCAUAUGCACUGGUAUCAUAUGGGUGAUAACGUUUCAGUUUGUGAGUGUAGAUGCACCAGAGCACGUUUACCACCAAGCAAAUUUUGGCUAUUUGAGCCUCGAUGUGGCUUCCAUGACAUAGGGGGUUGGUAUGUUGAAACAUAUGGCAAAGAUAAGAAGGGUCGCACUAUGCCAUCACAAAGAUUCUGGGAUGGCUUGGAUUAUAGCGAACAAGCUGAAAGAAGACUUCAUCCAGCAAUGUAUCUGUUUGCUCUUGCAUAUCGAACACUUGAUCUUGAAUAUGCCAAAACAAGCAAGAAAACAUUCAAGAAUGCUAUUGGAUCACAUAUGUUCCGAAUACUCCACUGGUGCAGAAAACUUGCUCAAUAGGUGAAGUCUUCAGGGGGACUUUUGUUCUGUUCACUUUAAGGUAAAAGAGAAAUGUGUAAUAGAGAGAGUUGACUAACCUCAGGCGGCUUGACCCACAUCUGUCCAUCAUACCAUCCACUUUCUUCAUAAGGAAUGACUGCAGACAGAAGUCUAUCACCAACAUAACUCCACCCCUACAUUGCAAUUCAAUCAUUAUUAUCUUAACAACAUAGUUCUUAAAGUGUGAAAUCGUAGUCAUAGCUCACAGAAUCAUAUCUGGUAUAGUUAGUGUGAAUGGCUAAUAUGUUAUCUUCAAUUGAAAAAGAGGACUAGAACGCACCAGAUAAAUCCUCAAGAUAAUCAAAGACACAAUGAAGAGUGUUCCUGUUCCCGCAGCUAGUAUAAAUCUCAGAGGCUCCUGCAAGGUAACAUUAGCACAAGCAAAUUCUAUGAGCAAUAUCAUAAAUGUUAUGUUUGUGUUGGUUCUGUUGUGUGCAGCUCACAUGUUCUCUUGUGUAUCCAUAAACUUUUCUUGUUACUUACUAUUAGAUACACUAAUAGUUAUGCACAUAUAGUUUUAACUUAACACUUACUCUUGAAGGAUUAAAGCUUGCAGCUGCAAUUGGCGCUCCAAGCACUGUGAACACCGCCAACCAGAGACCUCCAAGGCGAAGGAAAAACGACCCGGGACCCAGUUCCCCCCAAGAAUACAGGAUUCCAUCCUUCAGAGAUGAGUACUCAUUUACCUAUUAAACCAAUAGUGUUUCCAUGUUAGUAUGAAAUGAUAAAACACCACUUUCUAGUGAAACAAUCCUGAUAACUAAUAAUCCAUUCUCAUUACUUUGCUAAACCGUUUCAAUUUGUAUGUAUGCUGGCAAAUGAAACUCAAUAUAGCAAAGAUUAUGAAA